CUCAGAAUUAGAUCUAAAAUUUUAUCAUAAUAUGGAUUAUAAAGAAAAUCCAGUAAGAGCGGAAAGGAUAAUCAAAGAAAUUAUUAAUAAGGAACGCCAAGUAAGAGAGAAAUGGAUGAUGGAUCAUGGAGUAAAGUAUUACAAAUAUCCAUUUGAGUAUGACAAUUUCUACGGAUUAGGGCUUUCUACGCCUACACCAGGCCCGAUGCUUACAAGAACUUGCCCUAUAUCAUUACACUGUGGCGGCUGGGACCCUUGGCAUUGCGUUCAUCCUAAGAAAAAAUGGCAGUGUACUGAAAAUUCAUCUUCUCACAAAAUUAGCCAUCCUGUACGUUGUGAUAUGGAGUACUUCAAUAAAAGAGAAAAGAUUCCAAAUGGACACAUUUGUCUACCUUACUGCCCCAGUUCACCUGAAUUUCGUUUUGGAGUAUGCAGCAAUUGUUUUUACCAGUAUAGCUUUCAAUAGCUGCUAAUACAAGACACUGGUUGUUGAAACUUCUAUUCCAAGUUCAGAAAAACAAAAAAUCCACAAAGAGAUGAAACGUAAACUGCCACCAAUGGAAAUACAGACAUCGCAUGUUAUUGAUUAUCCUGAUUAUACUAAAACACUACGUGAGUCAUCAUUUCAUGUAAAGGAUUUAAACUGCAACCAUUGUAAUAGAAAACUAACACACAGUAUUCCCUGUUCGAUUUGUUAUAAAAGACAUUAAAAUAGCUAUUUAAAAAUA